AUGUGCCUUCUAAAUAAACAGUAUAACAAGGAACUUCGCGUCGACAUCCUGGAGAAACUGCCGACUCCCUUCGGUCUCGUGCGCUAUGGAGUAGCUCCUGAUCACCCCGAAGUCAAGAACGUCAUAAACACGUUCACGCAGGUGGCUGAAAAUCCCCGCCUUCAGUACUGGGGCAACGUGACGGUUGGUAAAGAUGUCAGACUGCGAGAGCUACGCGAGGCUUACGACGCCGUGUUGUUGGCCUAUGGAGCCACUUUGGAUAGGCGGAUGAAUAUUGAGGGUGAGGAUCUUCGCGGUGUUGUUUCAGCCAAGGAUUUCGUCGGCUGGUACAAUGGCUUUCCACAGUCCAGCAUGAGCGUUCCGGAUUUGGAUUGUGAAACGGUCGCCGUUGUUGGCAUGGGAAACGUCGCACUUGACGUAGCAAGGAUUCUCCUCUCGCCAAUCGAGCGCCUGGGGAAUACAGAUAUCCCAGAGCCCGUUUUGUCGGUUCUGUCUACCAGUCGUGUACAACGAGUAGUUGUCGUCGGCCGAAGAGGUCCCCUUCAAGUGGCAUUCACUCUGAAGGAGUUUCGGGAGAUGACCCAACUGCCAUCUUUGCGUCACAUUCGGGAUCCCGACAACAAUUUGACCAUCAAAUUCACCCCGCUCGGUGUCCUGGGUGGGACGCUAGGUACCGGUUCCAGCCUGGAACAGGUUCCGCUGGGUUCCGUUAGUUUCCUCACCUUGUUUGUCCUAGUUGUCGAUAACUUCGUCCCCGGUAGUGAAGCCAUUGCGUUUACAGAUGAUAUCAAACUGUCAUAA